AUGUCGGACAAGGACGCCAAGACGCCCAUCAAGGACAGUGAGAAGGCCGGCGUCAUCGUCUCCGACGCCGCUGGCGCCAACACCAGCGCCCCUGCAUCCGGGACGGCCCCCAAGGAAAGCAAGCCGCAGGCUGUCAGCCGCAGAAACAGUGGCGGCAACUACAUUUGCGGCUGCAGUCUUUGCAUCUGCGGCGGCGCGGUCGAGUACCCCGGCGAUGUUUGCUACACCUGCAUCAAAUUCCACUAA